AUGUCAGCUAAUAUUAAAUUCAAUUCUAGUAAAGCUACUAAGAAAGACGAUACAUUAUAUACCAAGUUCACUUACGAAAAUUCAACUGUGGAAACUUCUGAGGCUGGCGCAUUCAACGUCACUCCAACUGCAGUUGAUUAUGAAUUUAAAGUAGACUUGAAAACACCAAAAACUGGUUUAAUGUUGGUAGGUUUAGGUGGUAACAAUGGUACUACCUUAGUAGGUUCUGUUUUGGCUAACAAACACAAUAUUUCCUUUGAAACAAAGGAAGGUGUUAUUAAGCCAAAUUACUAUGGUUCUGUUACUCAAUCCUCUACCCUUAAAUUAGGUGUUGACAAGGAAGGUAAUGACAUCUAUGCUCCAUUUAAUUCUAUUUUGCCAAUGGUUAGCCCAAAUGACUUUGUUGUUGGCGGUUGGGAUAUCAGUAAGCUUAACUUAAGUGAUGCUAUGAAGAGAGCUCAGGUUUUAGAUGUUACCUUGCAAAAGCAAUUAUCACCAUACAUGGAAAAAACCACACCUUUACCAUCUAUCUACUAUCCUGAUUUCAUUGCUUUAAACCAGGAAGAAAGGGCGGACAAUGUUUCUAAUGUUGACUCAAACGGUAAGGUUGACACUAACAACAAGUGGAAGGAUGUCGAAAAAGUCAGAAAGGACAUCAAAGACUUUAAGGAAAAGAAUGGCUUAGAUAAGGUUAUCGUUCUUUGGACCGCUAACACUGAAAGAUUCGCAGAUGUUGUGCCAGGUGUCAACGAUACUGCUGACAAUUUACUUAAGGCAAUCAAGGCUAACGAAGCCGAGGUUUCUCCAUCUACUAUUUUCGCUGUUGCUUGUAUUUUGGACAAUAUUCCAUACAUCAAUGGUUCUCCUCAAAACACAUUUGUUCCAGGAGCUAUAGAAUUGGCCGAAAAGCAUAAUAGUUUUAUUGGUGGUGAUGACUUCAAGAGUGGCCAAACCAAGGUCAAGUCGGUUUUGGCCCAAUACUUGGUCGAUGCUGGUAUCAGACCAAUCUCGAUUGCCUCAUACAACCACUUGGGUAACAAUGAUGGUUACAAUUUAUCUUCUCCAAAGCAAUUUAGAUCCAAGGAAAUUUCCAAGGCUUCGGUUGUGGAUGAUAUUAUUGAAUCUAACCAAAUCUUGUAUAAUAAGGAAAAGGGCGACAAGAUUGACCACUGUAUUGUUAUCAAGUACCUUCCAGCUGUUGGAGACUCAAAGGUUGCCAUGGAUGAAUAUUACUCUGAAUUGAUGUUGGGGGGACACAACAAGAUCUCUAUUCACAAUGUUUGUGAAGACUCGUUAUUGGCUACUCCAUUGAUCAUUGAUUUGGUUGUGAUGACUGAAUUUUUAUCUAGAGUUAGCUACAAGAAGGCAGAUGAGUCAAACUACCAAGAUUUCUAUGCUGUUUUGACAUUAUUGAGUUAUUGGUUAAAGGCACCAUUGGCCAAGCCUGGUUUCAAAGCUAUCAAUGGUUUAAACAAGCAAAGAUUAGCUGUUGAAAACUUGUUGCGUUUGUUGGUUGGUUUACCAAUCAAUAAUGAGUUGAGAUUUGAAGAAAGAUUGUUAUAG